CCACCAGUAACAGCGAAGAACUAUCUCCACUGGACGAGGUGUCCAAAUAUGGUUAAAACGUAGAGGUUGUUGGGUGCAGUGCGUCGGUUACUAUAGAUUAACGCGUACCAACUUACCGUCAGAAAGAUAGGUUUUCCUAUUCACAUCGACUGCUAUCAACAGAGUUAGUUGGUCUCUUUUCGGCGAUAGCGUCACUGACGCGGCCGCUGAUUUGACAACGGAAAAGUAAACAGUGGCUCACGUGAUGUUGAAAGCGACGAGGACAGUUAUCCUGUAAGAAAUAAAGAACAUAGAAAAGGUGGCGCCCUAGAACUAGUUCACCUAUGCCCAGAGCCGGCCCUGCCACCAGUCCAGAUGACUGAGCAGUAGUUGAGGGUUCUUCAGUCUGCUUAAGAAUGAAAACCCUUGACGUCUUCAGUUUAUGGCUCAACCUUCAACCUAUUCCACCUGGAUGAUUGAGAAUCUUCACUGACAGAGUUCCAUGAAGUUGAAAUGGUUAAAAGUGGUAAUAGUGGUUCACAAUGCAGAGCAGGACACGUCACUAAUCUAUUUGAUAUUUUUAAUUUCCUAUAGUACAAACUGUCCUCGCCACUCAUGCAGUUGCAUUGCACGCGUCUAAUGGAGCAGACUCUUCUGACAGGGUAAAUGUGGAAGGUGCUGGGCGAUCAUGCCACCGCCCGGGCUCCCUCCUGCCCCACCGCCUCUACCUGCCCUGGGUCUGUCACCUCCUCCAGCCUCAGACGCUAAGAAGAAGCUGUUUCAGACCAUAGGCAGCAACAGGCCGGUAGAAGGGGACCACACUGAAGCCCGGAUACUGCUCAGUCAGAGAGAGAGCAGUUUUAGGAAGGACCUGCAGUGGAUACUGGUGAACACAUACGUGCCGUCCAUCAUCCAAGAUGGACCACAGUGUGGACUUGUGGCUUUGUGGAUGGCUGCUCACCUUCGACAGCCACAGCGGAAUGUCGACAUGGAAACUGUGGUUCAGACAGCGCGGAGCAGGGGAUACACGGCGCAGGGGGAAAUGUUUUCAGCUAAAAACAUGGCCUUGCUGGCGGAAGAGAUUUGUAGCUGUAAGGCAGAGCUCCUGUCAGGAGGCUUAAGCCGUAAUGACAAUUCCACAGUCUUCAUCACACACCUGUGGGGGGGGCAGCCCGUUCUCAUCCCAUAUGAUGAGGACUACAACCAUGAGCCAUGCAUGCGUCAUGGCCACAGAGCGCACUGGGCAGUGGCCUCAGGUGUUCUUCUCGGUCUAGACCAGGGGAGCGUGAGUGGGGAGCACACUCGGCCAGAUCCCACUCUGCCCUGGCUUUCCCUGCCCAGUGAAACCAGUUUACCCUGUCCCGCCACCAGCAAGGGCCUUCGAGAGGUUUACAUCCUGGCCAAGCAGGGUAAAAGUCUGCGCUAUCAGCUGUGGAGCUUGGAUGGCGUCGCUCAGAGCAAUGAGCAGCUGAGGACAAUGGACCCUCAGAGAGCUAAUGAUGGAACCCUGUAUGUAGUUCCUCAAGGAGGUGUGGAGGCUGGACUGGCAGGACAAGUGGUGUUGCUGUACACAAGGACACAGCAGGAGCAAGAAUAUGGUAUUAAUGAAUGAAAAGUGAACAAUUGUGAUUUAAGUCGCUGCCUUGACCUCAAACGAUUAAUCAAGAAUACGAAUUCUGGUGCUAGUGUAUGCAAUACACACACUGCACUAUUAGUUACCCUUCUUGUAACUAAAAGUGCAGUGCAGAGGGAAACUGUAUAAAAUAGAUUUAGACAUUACAUGUUUGAACGGAAUAUUUCUUCAUCUUGACAAUUGUCUUCAAUAAAACAUUUAAACUGAACAA